CACUGACCCAUUGACAGCCAGUGUUGUGAAACAGAGGAACGACAAAUCGAACCGUGCACAUGUGUCACAUAGAGACACUCGAACGACAUGUUGUUUUGGACCAUAUGAACUCCAAGAAGACAAAUUUUGUUCGGGUUAGAGAAAAGGAAGAAACAUAUACAAAAGGAGUAGAAAGUGUAGUUAACAGGAACGAAUCUUUGAUCACUUUGAACUUGUUGAUUGUCUUGUUUUUUCCUAAAACUGAAAUUGAAAGGAUUUAAUGUAAAACGAAACUUUAAUAUUUUUCUGUGUUUUUAUUAUUGAAUGAUAAUUUGGAGUUCCAAGUGUCAAUGACUAUUACAUCUAUAAGAUCCAAAAUGACAUUUAAGUGAUAUAAUAUUCCAAAAUUAAUGUGAAUUUGAACUAGUCGGAAUUCGUAUAAUUAGUAACCGUCAGUAAAGUUCGUAGGUAGGUUAAACAGGGAUGUUGCUUGUACUUUAAGAUCUCAUUAUCAUGGAGAAGAAGUUUGCAGCUCUGAGAAUUCCCGAUUCUCCCGAAUCUGAGCAGACAAAAAUGACUAGAGCGUUCAGCUUUUCCGAAUUGCAGUCUGCCCGAAGAAUCUUUAUCGAGCAGUGUUACAAGCGUAGUGAUUCAUCAAAUUCAAUUAGACAGUACAGUUGUGAGCAGAUAUUUGAUAAAAAUACCGGCACUAGCCAAUUAACAUACUCUGAAGUAGUACAAGCUGGCAAUAACGAACAAUCGAAAAUGUGGAAAAAUACUUUUCCUUAUUACAACUCCAAUUUAAAAAUUCCAAGCUUUUCUUGUGUUGAAAACUUAGUUCCAUCUACACCUGUACCUGUAUUGCAGAACAAUCAAGUUGAAUAUAUGGAAGUAGAAGAGGAAUCAAACUCUGCAAAUCAAUCAACUUUUGCUGCUUCAGUUGCAGUAGCGAGCACAAAAAAUACAGAAAAUUUCUUGCCUCUGAAAUCAAACGACGAUUUCACAAAACCAGUUCUCACACAACAAAAUCUUACAGAAACAGACAACACAGACUGUGCAAAUAUAAAUGACAACAAGAAGUCGCAGAGCUACCAAGAUAUGAAAGACAAAAUUCGUCCACUUGUACCAAAACAUCCACUCAAAAUAGAAACAAACAGAAGUAUGGGAUCUUUUAAACUACUUCUUUUAUUAGUACUUUCACUAUUUAUACUUUUGCUUUCGAUUCUCUUGUAUGAGGAUCAGAAUCAUAAGCACAGUAGCGAUUUCGUGAACGCUGUCGUUGAAUUAAAGAAACAUGUUUAUGGUCAGGAUCGAGCUGUACAGAUUCUAAGUGAAUAUCUUUUACUGGAUGUACCUUCGAUGAAAGUCAUAGCUCUUGUUGGUGGCACAGGUGUUGGGAAAUCAUACACGGCGGAAAUUAUAAAGAAAAAUUUUCCACGAACAUACUCCGUUCGUCAAUAUUUUCCACCGAUCGAAAAUAUAAGAGACGUUCUUAUUCCGCCUUUUAAUCCGCACUUGAUUAUUCUUGAAAACUUGAAAGAGCAGCAUUUAGUGGAUGUUGUGAACUUCUUGAAAACACGUCAUGAUACGCUUCGCGAUCGAUAUGUCACUGUGCUGAUUGUGUUCAAUGUCGAACGGAUGAACGACGACUCGUCCCGUAACAUAGAUUUAAAUCGCAGUCUGGAUAUAAUAAAACGUUUUUUUGCCAAUGAAAAUAUUGAUACCAAAAUUGUUCCUUACGACUCUUUAAAUGAGGACGCUUUAGAAAGAUGCAUCAUUAACGCGGCGAGAGACAACAGGCUGAUACUUUCCGACAAGCAGUUCGAGCUUGUUAAGAAAUACUUAUUGGCGAACAAUGCCGGUUGUAAGGGAGCCUACAGCAAGGUUCAGGUGAUUGAUAGAUAAUAAUAAAACUUAAUUAUACGUGAUCUUUUCACGAAGGCUGAUAAAAUUGUUAUACUAUAUACGACUGAAAUAAAAAUAAUAAUGUCUAAUUAUACAUAAAAAUAAUGCAUAGUGUUUUCUUAGAUUAUAUAAGUAUACGAGUUUUUUAUUGCAACGAUGAGGUGAUAAUAUUACGACUCGAGCUAGUUUUAGUAUUGAGUUUUCCUAUUAUGUUUUUGUGAUUUUAUAUUUCCUCUAUUUGCGUCAGUUGAUUAAAUCCGUUAAUAAUUACCGGGUUUUUAUUCAAAGAAUGAUGUAAUCAUUAACGCGGAAGAAAAUAGGACUGUUAAUACUAAUGAGUUCGUACUGUGAGAAGUCAUUUGUACGGAUCCACAGUUCGGCGAUCCGAACAUGUAAAGAAAUUUGUAUACAUAUUGAAGAUUGAAAAAUUUAAUGAAUAAACUUUGUACACGUAUUAUUUCCGAAUUACACGGAAGACGAGCGAUAAUUGUACAAACAAUAUGUGAGAUGCCGCGUCCGCGGUGAGAUGCGUAAUCCGCACAGCGGUUAGACAAAUUUAUGAUUAAAACUUUCGACACGUAAUAUCUCGCGAAUUUCGCUUAUAACUUUCUUCUGUACAUGCAUUUGCGAUGUCUGAGCAAACGACCACGUGCAUUGCGUGUCAAACCUUCGUAAUAACACGUAAUAUCUAAACUGUAGGCGUAACAUGUGCUACGUUGUUGCUAACGUUGUUAUUGAUCGUUCUUACGCAACUAAAACGUUGCUUAUUUCGGUUUACAUUAAUUUUUGUUUAUUUGGGUGCAAGUAGUUUAUUUAAUUUAAUUUAUAAAAACACACGACAUGAUGACACUUCGAACUAUAUAAGAUGUAAGAAAUCGUUCUGUAAAUUAAAACGCGGUUGAAUAUAAAGUUACAGACAGGAGCGUUAAUGUCUUUACACAUAAAGUUAGAUUUUUUGAUGUUAAGAUAUUAUUGAAGCAUUAUUGGUACAAUUUUAUGUGUAAAGGCACUAAAUGCUGCUGCUUAUAUCAUUUAUUCAUUGUUCAACAACAGAAGAACGUAUAAAGAAAACUAAGAUGAUCAUUAAUAAUUUGAAAUUUCGUCGAAGGAUUAAAUAAGAUAAGUAUGUAGAAUUUAGUUUUUGUCGGACAUAUUAGAAUAUAAGAAACGGAUUAAGAUAUUUGGGAGUAUAUUGCUCAAUAUUUAGAGUUCAAGGAUUUGUGUAUUAAUUAUUUUAUUGUGACAAGAAAGUAGAGAAUAA